GCCCUCUGCCACCGGAAGCGGAAGUGAAGCUAGCAACACCCGGAGUAGUCUCCGACUCAACUGUCGCCAAGAUGCCGAAAGCAGUGAAGCAGCAGACCCCAGAGCCAGAGUGGAUUGGGGAUCGAGAGAACGCGAGCCCUGCAGAUAAGGUUGUCAAGAAAGGAAAGAAGGACAAGAAGACCAAAAAGACGUUUUUUGAGGAAUUGGCUGUAGAGGAAAAGCAUGCAGGGGAGGAAGAGGAAGUGAAGGUAAUGAAAGAAAAGGAACAGCAGCAGCAGCAGCAACAGCAGAAGAAGAAAAGAGAUAGCCGAAAAGGGCGACGAAAGAAAGAUAUUGAUGAUGAUGAUGGGGAAGAGAAGGAACUUAUGGAAAGGCUCAAGAAACUCUCUGUUCCACCCAGUGAUGAAGAAGAUGAAGUUCCUGUCCCAGUACCUCGAGGUGGGAAGAAAGCUAAGGGUGGCAAUGUAUUUGCUGCCCUGAUACAGGACCAGAGUGAGGAAGAAGAGGAGGAAGAACAAUCAUCAAAACCCGCCAAACCAGAGAAAAAUCGAAUUAAUAAGGCUGUUUCCCAAGAGCAGCUGCCUGAGCAGAAGGUCAGAAGGGGAAAGGAAGAAAAGUCAAAAGGGAAAGUGAAGCCCCAGAAUAAAUUUGAUGCUUUGGAUGAUGAAGAGAAAGGAGAAAUAUCCAAAGAGAAGGAGCUUUCCAGAUGGGAGAAAGAUAAACUUAAGAAAGAGGAACAGGGCUCAGAGGAGGAAGGAGAAGGGGAUGAAGAAGAAGAGGGUGAGGCCAAGGCAGAUGAUCCCUAUGCUCACCUCAGCAAAAAGGAGAAAAAGAAGCUGAAGAAACAGAUGGAAUAUGAAAGGCAAGUAGCCACACUGAAGGCGGCCAAUGCUGCGGAAAAUGAUUUCUCAGUAUCCCAGGCUGAAGUGUCUUCCCGCCAGGCCAUGUUGGAGAAUGCCUCUGAUAUCAAGCUGGAGAAGUUUAGCAUCUCAGCCCAUGGCAAGGAACUCUUUGUCAAUGCAGACCUGUACAUUGUGGCUGGCCGCCGUUAUGGGCUCGUGGGACCCAACGGAAAGGGCAAGACAACGCUGCUCAAACACAUUGCCAAUCGAGCUCUUAGCAUCCCUCCCAACAUAGAUGUGUUGCUUUGUGAGCAAGAGGUAGUAGCAGAUGAAACCCCAGCUGUGCAGGCUGUACUUCGUGCUGACACUAAGCGGCUAAAGUUGCUAGAGGAGGAGAAGAGACUCCAGGGUAGGCUGGAGCAGGGAGAUGAUGCUGCAGCAGAGAGACUUGAAAAGGUAUAUGAAGAACUUCGUGCCAUGGGAGCUGCUGCAGCAGAGGCUAAAGCACGGCGAAUUCUUGCUGGUCUGGGUUUUGAUCCUGAGAUGCAAAAUCGACCCACACAGAAGUUUUCUGGGGGCUGGCGUAUGCGAGUCUCCUUAGCAAGGGCACUUUUUAUGGAACCUACGCUGCUGAUGUUGGAUGAGCCCACCAAUCACUUAGACCUCAAUGCUGUUAUCUGGCUCAACAACUAUCUUCAGGGCUGGCGGAAGACACUACUUAUUGUAUCCCAUGACCAGGGCUUCCUAGAUGAUGUUUGUACUGACAUUAUCCAUCUGGAUGCCCAAAGACUCCAUUACUAUAGAGGCAACUAUAUGACCUUUAAAAAGAUGUACCAGCAGAAGCAGAAAGAGCUUUUGAAGCAAUAUGAGAAGCAGGAAAAGAAGCUGAAAGAGCUCAAGGCUGGGGGCAAGUCCACCAAGCAGGCGGAGAAGCAGACAAAGGAGGCCCUUACCCGGAAGCAGCAGAAAUGCCGUCGGAAAAAUCAGGAUGAGGAGGCCCAAGAGGCACCUGAGCUUUUGAAGCGACCAAAGGAAUACACUGUGCGAUUCACUUUCCCUGACCCCCCACCACUCAGCCCCCCUGUGCUGGGACUGCAUGGUGUAACAUUUGGCUAUGAAGGACAGAAGGCACUCUUCAAGAACCUGGACUUUGGAAUUGACAUGGAUUCAAGGAUCUGUAUUGUAGGGCCCAAUGGUGUGGGAAAGAGUACAUUGCUGCUUCUGCUCACAGGAAAGCUGACUCCAACCCAAGGGGAGAUGAGAAAGAAUCACCGACUGAAAAUUGGCUUCUUCAAUCAGCAGUAUGCAGAGCAGCUACGCAUGGAAGAGACAGCCACUGAAUAUUUACAACGGGGCUUCAACUUACCUUAUCAAGAUGCCAGAAAGUGUUUAGGUCGAUUUGGUUUGGAGAGCCAUGCCCAUACCAUCCAGAUCUGCAAACUCUCAGGUGGACAAAAAGCCCGAGUAGUGUUUGCUGAGCUGGCCUGCCGUGAACCAGAUGUCCUCAUACUGGAUGAACCAACCAACAACUUGGAUAUAGAGUCUAUUGAUGCUUUGGGAGAGGCUAUCAAUGAAUAUAAGGGUGCUGUAAUUGUCGUCAGUCAUGAUGCCCGGCUAAUCACAGAGACCAACUGCCAACUUUGGGUGGUAGAGGAACAGAGUGUUAGCCAAAUUGAUGGUGACUUCGAGGACUACAAAAGGGAGGUGCUGGAGGCCCUAGGUGAAGUCAUGGUGAAUCGACCUAGGGAGUGAGGUUUCCUCCUGUACACUCUUCUAGCUAAUUUAGGCAUGUGUCCUGACUGCACCUUUGAGUACCUUUUCCCUUCCCUCUCGCCAUUUGCAAGAAUAAGGGCUUAUCCUCAACCAGUGCCACAAUCAUCAAGACUUCUGGAGCUGGGGCUUUGCCUGGUGUGCCCAGGCAGACUAGGAACCUUCUUCAAAUGGAAGUACUGGCUUUAUUUUACAGUAGAGUUGGAAAAACUAUUGAUGCCAUGAUGUGUCAUUGAACUGAUAACAUAGAUAAGGAAACUUUUUUUCAGCCUCCAAGUCUGAUAUUUUGAUUCCAAUAAGUUUCGCACCACCACUUUACCUGAUGGCCUAUUUAAUCCAUCUGAUACAGAAUAGGGUCUGUGCACUAGGAGCUUGAGCUACUCUUCCCUAUGUCUCUGAUGUUCUGCCACUUCCCCCAUUCAAUGACAAGAUUUGGUCUAAUUGGUACUUAAAAUGUAUAGAAAUUCUGAAGUUAUAGCACAAUUUUUGUUCAACUGCCAACACUACUCUGAGGGGUAAUAUAUUUGAUUCACAUGUAGAAAUUUGACAAGAAUCUCCAGCUACAUUCCACAGAUGGAGGCAAAUGGGGAUCACAGGGAUCAUGGUCUUUAGAUGGAAUGGAGCCUAUUUGGUGCUGGUGUCUACAUUGUCUUGUUAUUUAUGGAUUUGUGGGGCAGGGAAGGAAUGCUGCUGAAUUUGUGUCAGUUUGCCAGGGGAGGGAAUAAAGGAGAGUGAAUUGCCAUUACCUAUCUUUAAUUUAUGGGAAUAUUACUAGGCUUUAUCAAGACACAUGCUGCCCUCCUGUGGCUAGAACUUAGAAUAACACCUGGAACAAGAUCUCUUUACAACCAUGUUCAGAGUACUGGAAGAUAGGAAGAAAUAUGCAGUCUUUUUCCUCUUGUCACUUUAAUAUGAUUUAUCUGGAAAGAAUUCAACAGACAAGAACUUGUGUACAAGACAUUCACCUUGACGGCAUGAGAAAUGAAAUGUCCCUAAGAAUGAGUAUCAGAUGAAUGCUAUGGGCAUGUAUAAAUCAUAGGAAUACAGAAGAGAAAGAUUUUUAAUCUUAUAGGUUCAUCACUUGAGACCUGAAGGGAUCUUAAGAGACCUCUAGUCCAUUAGGAAUACAGAAGAGAAAGAUUUUUAAUCUUAUAGAUUCAUCACUUGAGACCUGAAGGGAUCUUAGAGACCUCUAGUCCAAAGCCCCUCAUUUUCUUUUUGAGAAAGCAGGCCCAGAGAAGUUAGGUAAUGGGGAGAAUCAUAUUUUAAGUCUUGGGAAGUAACAGCUAGAAUUAGAACCCAGAACCUCUGACUUCAAAUCUAGUAAGCUACAUGUGCUUGCAUGUAGUGCUACAUAAUCUGAGGAAGUAGCUUUUGAAGGGUAGGAAGAACAAAGACAUCUGUUCAAUUUAGGAAUGGUUGAACAAAAAUUUUAAGGUAGAAAAUUGCAAGGUGUUUAAGGGAAAUAAUUGAAAAAACUAAUUUGGCUGGGGUAAAGAAGUGUUGCAAGGAGGUGCUGAAAAGGGUAUUCAUUGCUGGCUAAGGAGUUUGGAUUUAUUUUGACUUAUAAGUUGUGUUAAGAGGAAUAAGAAAUUUGAGUUAGGAAUUGGCUAAUCAUGAAUGUAGCAUUUUAAGGACAUGAAAUGGGAAACCUUUUACAAUAACUAAUGCUUAUGUAGCAUCUAAGUUUAAGGAGCAUUGAAAUUUCAUUAGCAGAGGGAUAAAGGAGACUUAGAAGAAUGAUUGGCUGUAGGGGCAAAGUGUAAGGGGGUCAUCAAUAAGUACUGUUGAUAGGAGGUGCUAGUUUGGGGAGAAAUUUAGACAUGCUAGAUCUAUAGAGGUAAUAGUUGGAGUCAUGAGAUUAGAAGAUAUUGACUACUAGAAACAAAAGUAAAGGGGAAAAGUUUUAAAGUCUUAUCAAACACUAAGAAAUGAGAAUUAGGAUCAAGAAAAUGUCAUUGACAGUGGAGGGCACUAGGUAAAGAUAGGAAGGACACAAGCCAGAUUUUAGGGUCUUUGGAAAUGGGAAGGUAUGAAUGUAUCAAUAGAAGCUGAUUACUUAGUCAAGAAUUUUUACAAUGGAAAUGAAGAGCACAACAAAGCAAGUUCUUCCCCCCCACCCCCAUUAUAGGGUAGAUGUAUUCAUGUUUGAAGUAUGAUGGAAAGUCAUAAGCAUGUGCUUUAGCACAUCUCUUCUAUGUUACACAGAUGCAUGUGCAAAAUAAUCUCAUAUUAAGGGAAAGAUCAUUUCUUGGUAGAGAUGUAUGGAAUAAGCUGUCCUACAUAGGGAAUGAUAUAAACAGGAAAUGAAUGUUGUAAUUUACUUGGACUAGGUUUUCUCAAGAUAAAUUACCAAUGUACUGGAGAGAGAUAGGGAAAUGGAGUCUAUCAGAGUUUGUAGUCACACAUGAGCUGAUCUUCAAUUUCUUGUUGGAAGGAUGGGGGAGAAUUGGAGUGUCGGUGACAGUCCACUGAAAAGAUUAUUUUCACUUCUGCAAAGCUCAUUACCUUGUCAGUGUAUAAAAUAUCCAUGUCACUUUUACAUCCACAAUAAGGGAGUCAUUUCCCAUAAGUCUCACAGAAUAAGGAAUUCUUUACUAUAGCAUUCUUCAGAAGCCAUUAUUUAGCUUCUCAGAAAGUGAAUACAUUUAGGGAAAAGCCACCAUUCUCCAAGCUAAUUGUUAGGCAGUUUCCUUUUAUAUUACAAAUUGAAUUUUCCUACAUUAUCUAUUACUACUCCUGCCCUUUGGGGCAAAACAGAGCAAGUCUUAAUAUGUCUUCUAUUGACAUGAGUUGGAUAAAAAUUUCAUGUGAAUUUUUUUUUUUCCCCAAGCUAAACCUAUUUUGGUUCUGAAAAAGAAAAAGAUAGUUAAAUUUUUCUGUCCAUUUUAUUUUGUUACAGAAGUACUUUCUAAAAGUAAUUUUGUGGUGAGUUAACCAAUACAACAGAGGGAAAAGAAAUAGCUUACUCAUAGAACUUGAGGUUUAUUGAAUGACUUUAUUCAUUGCCCUCAAAAGGUCUUUUGGAAGGGCUAGAUAUAUGGGUUCUGUGAAUCCUCGAAAACUUAAAAUUUGUUCAGAUAUUUGGGAGGCUCGUGGAAAGGAUAGGAUGAUAACUUCUAGAUGGCUCACUACCAAGAUGGAAACACUACCAAGAUGACAGCUGGGACUAGUAGUACCCUAGAGAUGGAGUGGCAACACCAAAAAUACAUUACCUUAAAGUGUUAAGUCUUGUAGAGAUGGAGAACCAAGCCUGCACCUGCCUCAGCUACCAUAAUUGGAAGCAAAAUAUCAAUCUGGUUUCUGUUUUUUUCUGAAGCGUGGACGUUUCUAACAUUAACGUGAAUUGUUACUGUGGUGAUAAUAUACACAAGACUUUGAAAUGAUGUAGACCAUUAACCUUCCAACCCCUUUCCUAAAACGGGUUUUGGACUCCACCUAAAGAAUAUGAAGCGACUAUAGUCAAUUACAUUGCAGCAUGGAAUAGGACAGAGAAGACUGAAGGAAGCCUCACCACUUGUGCUCCUCAAUAAGCAGUACAAUUUAGCUGGAAAACAGGAAUAUCAUGCAUCAAAACAAGAAUAGCAUACUGGGGUCAGGCUUCGGAAGGCUUCUAUAAUCCCAGCUCACUGAGGUUAAAGCUGGUAGGUUUGUUGAGAUAGCGAAUUUACAGAAUGAGUUUCAGGAGCUUACAGCCAAUCAGAUGCAAUUUAUCUGCCACCAAUUUCAGUGAGCCUGCUCAAAACCUCCUUUGAGCAGGAAACACAUCUGACUGCCUAAGAAUGGAGCAAAUUCAGUUAAUGGGAGCAAACUGGCCACUGCAUUCCAGCCUGAGAUCUCAAAAAAACUGAAGAAGCUAGACAAAGGGAAACCAUUGAAGGGUGGGUCUUUUGUUAGAAGUGUGGAGUAAUCAGAUCUGAACUUAAGGAAAGCAAUUUGCUUUUAUUGUGAAUAUAUUGGAAAUUAUUGCAGUAGGCCAAGGCAGAGUAAAUGUGGGUCUAGAUGAGUGGAGGUAGUAAGUGGGAGUAAAGAAAGUAGUAGAAAGAUGUGCCUUUUUAAGAAGCAACUUUUCCCCAAAUGGUUUAGAGGAUUUUGAGAUCAAGAUAUUGAAUCAAAGAUAUCAAAUUUGAUAAGAUAUUGAUAAGAUGAUCAAUAAGGUACUUUUUAUGAAGUGAGAUCAUCUUUUGUGACAGAUUAAGGGUGGGAGCAUAACUUCUGUGAGGGAAGAGGUUAAAGAAUUUUUAAAAUGGGUGUUAGCAUAAAUUUGAGGUGGGGGCAGGUCAAUCUAUGCAGGUAAUCAUGUAGACAUAAGGAGCCAAAUAGGAUAAAGUGGAAAAAGCCAAAAAAUUGGGAAACAAAUGCUGAGAGUAAGAAAUAACUAUGUGGACAAUGGAGAAGAGGAUCUUUGGCUUUGGUAUAGAAAGCUUUCAUAAAAACCAAAGUUUUAAAGAUUAAAAAAUUAAAACAAGGAAUAUAACCAUUUAAUAGACAUUUUAGAAUUUAUUUAAAACUUAUAAGGGCAUUUUGCAGGGAAGGAAGAAAGGCAGAUGGAUAAAAGGAGGAAAAGCACAUCAGGAAAUUGGUGGUGACACCCAAUUCUUUAAAAGUACAAUAUUCUCAUCAAAGGAAAAAGAUAUCUACAAAAAUAUACUUUCUGUGGUGACAACUGGAAACUAAAGUUGUGCCCAUCUAUUUGGGCAAUGGCUAAACAAUAUACUAUAUAAGAAUAUAGCAGAAAACUAUUGUACUUUAAAGAAACGAAUACAAGGAGGAAAACCCGUAUUAGCUGAAUAGGAAUGAACAGAACCCAAUCAUUUACAUAAAAUCACUGUAAAAAAAGAGCAACUUGGAAAGACUGAAGAAGAACUCUUGAUUGAUGCAAUGACUAGCCAAGGAAUGACCAUGAAUCUCUACCUACCCCUUUCUGACAAACAUUUUGAACUGAACCUACAAAAUGUGAAGUGCAAUUACAAUGCAGCAUGGACAAAAACUUUGCUGAGGUUUUAUUUUUUUUUUUAAAUAAUUUUCACAAGACCCCCUCUUUUCUCAACUCUGGAAUAAUUUAACUGGCCUCAUGCCUUCAGAAUGUAUAAGGAGCUACCUAUCAAGCCCUUUUCUAGAUUCACUAUUAGGAUUUCAGCUCUACAUACUCUUUUUUCCUUUACUGUCUCAUACAAUAAUUACUUACUUAUCAGAUUCAGUUGUUAGUUCACACUAACUUACCAAGUUUAUAAUUUUUCCUAUUUUACAAUGGGAAAACAUUGAAACCUAGGACUAUCACCUACUAUAUACCACACUUGUUUGUCCUUCGUCCUUACAAAGGAAUCAAGGCACACAAGAGUUUAAAUAAGCUUCUCUUUCCACUGUUUAUUAUUAAUGUACAAAAUAUACAAAACCAAAAGAAAAUAAUCAUCCUCAAUCCAUUGUGGCUCUAUACCUGGGGCCCUGCACAAAACCCGAUCCAUCCACUGCCGUUUUCACAGAAAACAACUGACGCUGGGAUGGGGCAAAGAAAAUUGGGAAAGGGCAGCAAUACUGUCCAGGAUGUACCCUGGAAAGAGCCGGGUGGGGAAUUAUAGAAAUGACUGUUGGGGUUAGACUGGAGAGGCCUCACACUGACAUGGUUUGGGGUUAAGAGGGACUGGAGCUGAAAAACUCUCAAAAGGCAGUGCAUGUAGUGUGACAUGUCAGACUUAGGAUCACUGACGUAUUGACAAAGUAGUCUCUUAAGAGUGUUUUACAGAUCUCCCAGUUAGAAGGGAGUUCUGACACCAGGGGUUCU